GAAUAACCUAAAAGGUAUUGGUGAAACCGAAAAGUUGUCUUACUACAUCAGAUAAAAUAAAAUAGGAGAAUACUUUCUUAAUAGUAGCCUAUUGUAUUUAUUCUUGUGCGGCAGUGUAAGAAUAAACAGUCGAAAAGGGGAAGAAGUGUUUAAUCGCUUAAAACAGGCGUAGUCUUCAUUGAAUUGCGGUCUUUGAGCCUAUCACUUGUAUUUGUCAAUUAUUUUAAAACAAUGAUGAUGAGAAUCAAAAUAGGCCCACUCAGUUUGUCCACACCGUGGAUAUCAAUAAUUUUAAUGAGAAGCGAGUUGUUUGUACGACAAGUUUAAUCUGCUCUAACCAGUUGGUCACCUACGCCCUAGUUACAUUCACGGUCAUGGUCCACUGACACGCACACGUCGCUAGAAUCAAAGCUGAACACUAAAUGUUCUUGCAGCUGAUCUCAUGAUAAGGUGCAGAAAGGUGCUGGAGGAAUCACCUGGAACCACCUCGACCUCACUCUAAACCGGCCAAACAUCAGAGAGUAUAAGCCCCUCAGCAUUCAAAAUGCGCUGGUGUAAAUACGUAAAGGUCAUCUUGGUUUUGUUAAGCGCCACCAUCUUUACUGUGACCAUACAUAAAGUUCCUUAUGGACAUUUUAAAGAUUUGUUGAACAAUAGUGUGGUGGAGCGGCUCUUUCAUGAAGAACCCUGUGCCUGUAUGGAGCACUGUUUGGCUGCGAGUGACGACGAGUGGUUUGCUGAACAUUUCAGAAAAGAUGUCCCACCAGCGCUCUCUCUCAAUAACAGCGUCCUCCCUAACCACAUCUUUAAGUGGUGGCAGUCUCUACAAUCGACAAGGAGCAAAGCUAAUUACUCCCAAGUGAUUAAGGAGCUGUUUUCUGUCAUCCCUGGAGAGGAAUGGUACAGAGACGCCAGCCCGUCCCGCUGUCGAACCUGUGCUGUGGUGGGGAACUCUGGGAACCUUUUAGGAUCAUACUAUGGUCCUGUUAUAGACAACCACGAUUUUGUGUUCAGGAUGAAUAAGGCACCAGUUCAAGGCUAUGAGAAAGAUGUGGGAUCCAGGACGACCCAUCAUAUCAUGUACCCAGAAAGUGCCAUCCAUCUGGACAACAACACACACCUGGUGCUGUUGCCCUUCAAAACACUAGAUAUCCAGUGGGUCACCAGUGCUCUAACUGAUGGAUCUAUCAAACGCAGAGGAGGAAUGCUGGGAUCGUAUCGAUAAAUGAACCAGUCAUCGUCCAUAAAGCCCAUGACGCAAGAUUUACAAGAGCAUGAAGCUUCAAAGAUCGAGUCAUCAAAGGAGUCUACAGUAUUUUCGAUCGGAUUUUGGGUGAACAAAAGAAAGAUAGACAUGACGCUCAAAAGCAGGGUGAUGUAGCGAG